AUGGACUACUCGGCAACUGCGCCUUGGUCUGGCCAGACUCUGGCGCCCGAGAAGUCUAGCAAGCUAUAUAUACGCGACUAUCCUCACAGGUCCGUUGCCAUUGUCACCUCCACCCAUGCCCUCAUAUUUCGACACAGCGCCUCGACCUCCAGCGACGGUCACGGUUAUGGAGGGAACGGCUACCAGUCGUCUCCCGUGCCAGGCGGUCGCUCCCGCGGCCCGGGAGCAGACGCAACCGUGUCCAAGUGUAUUGUCGAAUUCACGCCAAGAUCCGAAAACACCUUGUCCGACUACCGCCCCUUGAUAUCACGUCCCAUCUUUGGGACGUUAGGCUUGAUAUCCGUCGAUGGGGACGUGUUCAUUUCCGUCAUCAGCCAUGCCACCAGGGUGGCCACCUUGCGACCCGGCGAGACAGUGGAAAAAAUAGCAAGCGUGUCGUUCUUCUGCCUGAACAGCGACCGUUGGGACGAUGUCGUCGCGGUGGAGAGCUUGGAUCCCGAAUGGUCGGAUGCCGCUUCUACUUUCCCUCCGUCACCCUACGGGCAGAAUCUGAGCCGACGAGAGGUCACCCUAGAACACCCCUGCCAGGAUCUCCGGAAGCUCCUGGGCAACGGGACCUUCUACUACAGCACCGACUUUGACCUGACAAACAGGUUGCAGGACCGGCCCAUCAACUCAACGAGUUUCGAGAUUGACAACUUUGACGAUUCUUUCCUCUGGAAUUCCUUCAUGAUCAGCCCUUUAGUGCAGUUCAGAUCCCGGUUGAUCCACACCGAGAGGGAAGCCCUCGACUCGUCGAGAAUCUUGACGUCUGCCAUCCGGGGCUUUUGCCGUACCAUGGCCAUUCCCCAGACCAGCGCCCCUCUUAGGACCUCCACAACCGGCUUGCCUUCGUACCUGACCGUCAUAUCGAGACUGUCUUGUCGGAGAGCCGGCACCAGGUUCAAUGCUCGUGGCAUAGAUGACGACGGCAACGUCGCCAACUUUGUAGAGACCGAGACUCUCUACUGGAGUCCUAGGGGCACGCUCUUCUCGUACGGCCAAGUGCGUGGAUCCGUCCCGGUCUUCUGGGAACAGGCCGCAGACCUACUCCCCGGCAAACAGAACAUUACCAUCACCAGGUCGCCCGAAGGUACACAGCCUGCUUUCAACAAGCAUUUCGAGGAGCUCGAGCACGCUUACGGCGCUGUCCACGUCAUCAAUCUGCUCAGCGCAGAGAAGCCCGGAGAGGCGCAGCUCAGCAGGCUAUACCACCGUGCCGUCCAGUACUGCCCCCUGAGCGAAGUGGGCCCCAACACUUCGAGAGACCAUGCCCUGCUCCGAGAAACGAAUUAUGACUUCCACGCCGAGACGAGAGGGGCCGCUGGAUAUGAAGCCGCGCGAGAGAUCGGGAGGUACAUUGAGAACUCGACCGAUUCGUUCGCUUACUUCCUGGCCGAGGAAACAGAUGACCCGAGCGAUGAUGUGAGCGUCUCCGAGGGACACGGCCGAAUGGUGGUCGUGCUCGAGCAAGAAGGGGUCUUCCGCACCAACUGUCUCGACUGCCUGGACAGGACGAACCUCAUCCAGACCAUGAUAUCCCAGAUGGCAGGAGAAUCGUUCUUGGCCCAGAGGGGAGAAUAUGCGACUGCAGACUUUUGGAUGCGGCAUUCGACCCUGUGGGCGGAUAACGGAGAUGCGCUGUCCAAAAUCUAUGCCGGAACGGGUGCGCUCAAGUCGUCGUAUACCCGGCACGGGAAAAUGUCCUUGGCAGGUGCUGUGGCCGACAUGCGCAAGUCUAUGCAGCGACUAUACCAUAACAACUUUACCGAUGCCGCGAAACAAACGACCAUCGACCGUCUGCUUGGUCGGUUGGUUAACCAAGUGCCGGUUCUCCUAUUUGAUCCCAUCAGUGACUAUGUCACCAUGGAGCUCAACAAGAGGAGUUUCGAGUUUUCAUCCUCCAAAGAAAUAACGAUGUGGGUUGGGACAUUCAACUUGAACGGACGAACAGAGGGCAUAGACACGGAUCUUACAGCAUGGCUGUGUCCUGAAGAGUUGGGAUCUUGCCAACCUGAAAUCGUCGCGGUCGGCUUCCAGGAAAUUGUAGAGCUCAGCCCGCAGCAGAUCAUGAACAGUGAUCCCACGAGGAAGCAGCUGUGGGGGAAGGCUGUGAAGCGAACGCUUAAUGCUCACUACCAACAGAAAGGCGGGGAGCGUUAUGUUCUGCUUCGGAGCGGACAGCUCGUCGGCGCCGCCUUGUGCAUCUUCGUCAAGGCUUCGGCUCUGGGACAGAUCAAGAAUGUCGAGGGCAGUGUCAAGAAGACAGGACUGUCUGGGAUGGCUGGCAACAAGGGCGCGGUUGCUAUUCGGUUUGACUAUGCGAGUACUCCCAUCUGUUUUGUCACGGCGCAUCUGGCCGCCGGCUUCGCCAACUACGACGAGAGAAACAGGGACUACGCCACCAUACACCAUGGUCUGCGGUUCCAGCGCAACCGAAGCAUUGAUGACCACGAUACUGUGGUUUGGCUCGGCGACUUCAAUUACCGCAUCGGCCUCGGCCCCGAAGUAGCUCGAGCUCUUGUGAAGAAGGGGGACCUGUCAACCCUGUACGAGAAUGACCAGCUGAACCUCCAAAUGGUUGCGGGAUUGGCUUUCCCGUUCUAUUCCGAAGCUCGCAUUACGUUCCCCCCAACAUAUAAGUUCGAUGUGGGGACCGACAACUACGAUACAUCGGAAAAGGCACGAAUACCCGCGUGGACGGACCGAAUUUUGCGAAAGGGACAGAAUUUACGCCAAAUCGCGUACAACUCGGCUCCGUUGAAAUUCUCGGAUCAUCGGCCGGUGUAUGCAAUAUUCCAAUGCACGGUGAAUAUCAUCGACGAGGCCCUCCGAGAGCGUAUCAGCCAGGAGCUAUAUCAGCGGCGGAGGACCGAAGUGGGCGAUUCAACCCACCUGGACACGGACGACACGGAAGACGAGGAUCUCAUCGGGUAUGAUGCCAUUGAGCCCGGCCUGCCACCUGCAAGUUCGGAUCGGCAGAAAUGGUGGCUGGACAAUAGACAGCCUGCGAGGGCCGACAUCAAACCGCCCCGAGCUUUAGAUGGUCAGGCAGUGGUAUUAAACCCGAACCGGCCAUCCAAUCCAUUCAGUCCAACUUCGGAGGCCGACUGGGUGACAGUACCGAGAUCGAGAGUGGAUUCAUUUUCGACGACUCUGUCGACAUCGCCAUUCGAGUACGUCCCCGCCCCUCAUGAUCUCCUGACGCCGUCGACAUCGAAUCCAGCAGCGCGCAAGCUGCCGCCCGCUUUUGACGCAUCCACGCUGCCCACCAGAGCCGGGCGUCUACACAUCAGAGACGAUACAGCGUCAGCGGAGUCGCCCACGAGUGGCACUCCUCCACCUCCGCCCCCUCCUCGGAGGCAAACAGGAGCUACUGCGAGCGCAAUGAGUGCGGCACAGUCUCCUGCCUCCAACAUGUCUUUCAACAAGGUGGCGCCGGCUCCAGCACCCCCGCCGCGGCCUUCGUCGGCUUUAUCUGAGCUGUCCCAGCUUUCGCCCCAUUCGAAGCAUAAACCGGCACCGCCAAUCGCGAGGAAACCCCUGCACCUCGCAUCCGCAUCGUCAAUGGACCAUUCACCAGUAGCCAUCCAUCGCACAGGUCCUGGACCAGAAGGCGAUGCCAAGCCGCAACCUCCGGCCAGGGCGUCCACGGGAUUUCCAAAUCCCAACGGCGGCGACCGGACUCGGCCGUUGCCUGCCCGGAACAUAGUGGGGGGGUCUGUGGGCAAACGAGCGCCAGCAGCACCUCCUAAACCCUUGGCAAUAGCACGAGGACAGAAACAGGGACCGGUCGAUCUGUUAGACUCUUUGGAGGAUGAAGGACCUCGUGACUUGGAUAGCUGGGAGACUUUGACGCCGGCACAUAAAGCAUAA